AUUUCCCCAACCGCAGAAUUCGGCUAGCAGAAGCUGGAUGGAGGGGCGCUAGGACUCGGAGAUUGGUGUUCUAGCUCUGGCCCUGUGGCCCUGGGGAGGAAGUUUCUUCCUUAUCUAUGUAUUUGCCGAGGAGGCUGCUCACGGAUUGAAGCUUGGGAGGCUUCGUGUGGUGCAGAUUUCAGGCGCAGGUCAAUUGUUCUCGCUACAUCUUUAAGAUCUGGCAUGUAAAGCUUCUGAAUUGGGGCAAGUAAGAUUGGCUGUACAAGCUAACUGACCAGCUGGCUGUCAAAGAAAGAACACAACAACGCUUGGAAGGGGUUGAAAAAGCGCACCAGAAAUCGGGCCAAGCUUUAAGCCCUUGAAUGUGACCUGCACUGGUCGACGCGCUUCCCCUGCUUCUGGAUAGGGAAAGGAUUUGGAACGGGGUUCAGGCGUAGAGUGAAUUGAAGGGGCAUGGGAGUAGGAAUUUGAUUCUUUGUUGGCGACAAGCAGGUUGCUGUCGUCCACUGCAAUUGAGAGGCUAUUGCAGAGAAAGAUGGCGAGCAUCUUCCAAUCCAGGAGAGAGAAGGACAGGGAGGAGCGGCAGGGGCUUCUAGCGACACCGGAUUACCCAACUGUUGAGAAGGUGCCUGUGCGGAUUCCCAAAGGCAUCACCACAUUGCUGCUGAUAGGAAGCUGGUACUUCUCCAACAUCGGAGUGCUGCUGCUAAACAAGUACUUGCUCAGCAUCUAUGGCUUCAAGUACCCCAUCUUCCUCACGAUGCUCCACAUGGCCGCGUGCGCGCUCUUCUCGUACGUCGCUAUCGCGUGGCUCAAGAUCGUACCGAUGCAGCCCAUCCGCUCCCGCUCCCAGUUCAUCAAGAUCUGCGCCCUCUCCGUCAUCUUCUGCACCUCGGUCGUGGGGGGCAACAUCUCGCUCCGCUUCCUCCCCGUCUCCUUCAACCAGGCGAUCGGCGCCACAACGCCGUUUUUCACAGCAAUAUUUGCGGCCGCGAUGACGAUGAAGCGGGAGGCAUGGCCGGUGUACGGGUCGCUCGUGCCGGUGGUGGUCGGGAUCAUGGUGGCCAGCGGGGGCGAACCCAGCUUUCACAUGUACGGAUUCACGAUGUGCAUGGCCGCAACCUCCGCGCGGGCCCUCAAGUCCGUCCUGCAAGGGAUCCUGCUGUCGUCAGAUGGGGAGAAGCUAAACUCGAUGAACCUGCUGAUGUACAUGGCGCCCGUCGCGGUGGUGGUCCUGCUGCCAGCGACGCUGGCGCUGGAAGACAACGUGCUCGGUAUCACCGUCGAGAAGGCGCGCGUGGACGGGCCGGGCAUCCUUUUCCUGCUGUUCCUUAACUCGGGGAUGGCCUACUUCGUCAAUCUGACCAACUUUCUGGUUACCAAGCACACGAGUGCACUCACCUUGCAAGUAUUGGGAAACGCAAAGGGGGCUGUAGCGACCGUAGUCUCCAUACUGCUGUUUAGGAAUCCGGUUACGGUUAUGGGCAUGGUUGGCUACUCGAUAACCAUCACAGGAGUUAUAGCAUAUAGUGAAGCCAAACGACGAUAUAAACCACAGUGACACCCUCUGAUCCGCAAGGUGGUUGUGACGUCCGCGUACCUUUGCUUGUUAUUCCGACAGACUCUAGUAAAUUGUAAGUAUCAGGCAAUGCUGGCCUGUUAGACAUCAUAAUGUCAUACAGUAGACUGUAUUAGUUUGAGAUUGUAGAGAUAUGUAUACUGGUCAUUAUCUGCCGGGCGAAAGUCGACUGAGCGUGGCGUACGAAAAAU